AUGCUCACCCACCUCCAGAUCCUCCGGGGAGCAUCCGCCAUCACAUUUCUGUUCGAGAUUCCAUUGUUUGUUCUAGCCGCUUCAAAUGGGCUCAGAACGUCUUGGAAGAUCGCAAGCGUCUGCUGCCAAGCGGCCAGGCAUUUAGCGAUAAUACUUCUGAUUUUGACGGGCGUCACCCAAAAGCUUGCGACACGACAGCAGCUUGAUGUGGAGGAAAGCGAGCCCUUUGUCCAAGCUCAGUCAGGGACUGGUCAGACCGGAUAUGGCAGUGUGCCAUUCCAUGGCGACACCGACUCGGAAUUUUCCAGUCAGGAUACCACGGGUAACUGUGGUUACGAUAGCGGCAGUGACGACGACAACGACGAUGACGAUGACGAUGCAGCUAGCAUCAAGCGACGACGGGCGAAACGCCUCCAGGAGACUGGUGGAUGGCUAGGAUAUCUCAAAGACUUCUCCCUUUUCCUUCCGUAUAUAAUCCCGAAAAAGGAUCGCAAGGUUCAAUUUUCCAUUCUCCUGUGCAUCAUCUGUCUCGCUGGAAGGAGAGCGCUCAACGUCUUGAUCCCGGCUCAACUCGGUAUCGUCACGAAUCUGGUAAUCGACAAGCAGGCUCCUUACGGUGCUCUGUUCGUGUGGCUACUUCUCGUACUCAUCAACGACGACGCCGGCUUGGGUCUGGUCGAAGAUAUCGCCAAGAUCCCCGUCAAGCAGUUCUCGUAUCGACAGAUCACUAACGUCGCUUUCAACCACGUCAUGAGUCUCUCGAUGGAGUUCCAUUCCGAGAGAGACUCCGCGGAGAUCAUGAAGGCCAUCGAGCAGGGGGAGUCAUUAGCUAACCUCCUUGAAACCGCAAUCAUCGACAUACUGCCCACAAUCUUGGACCUCUUUGUCGCCUUCUGGAUGCUUUACAUCAAGUUCAAUAUCUAUGUUGGUCUCACGAUGCUCAUAGCUGCAGGAGCUUUCAUGUCGAUGGAAAUCUACACCUCGAGCACGAACAUUGAAAACCGCCGUGUAUCGAGCAAAGCCGAAAGAGAAGAGGCGCGGGUCCUGCACCAGGCCAUCCAGGGCUGGCAGACCGUCAGCUAUUUCAACAUGUUCAGCUUCGAGAAACGACGCUUUGGGCGGGCCGUAGACCUACAACUUGAAGCCAGUCGCAGAUAUGCUGUCCGUGACGCCCUUGUCCAAGCGAUGCUUGAGCUCCUGGCACCCAUCACGUUCUUCACCCUUUCCAGUUUGAUUCUGUAUGACAUAUACAACGGGUGCGCUACCCCUGGCGAUUUUGUGUUUUUCAUUCAAUACUGGGAGAGUCUUAUUUGGCCCAUGAAGUUCCUCUCUCACAAUUACCGAUACCUGAUGACGGAUCUGGUCGAUGCAGAGAGACUGCUCAAACUGCUGCAGACCAAGUCGACCAUCCUCGACAAGGACGACGCCGUUGAGCUGUGCAGUGUUAAGGGUCACGUCGCGUUUGAGAAUGUUGGGUUCUCUUAUGACCCCAGAAAGCCGACGAUCCGGGACUUGAGCAUCUCGGUCGCCCCAGGGCAGACCAUCGCCCUAGUCGGCGAGACAGGAGCGGGCAAGUCUUCAACCAUGAAGCUUCUCCUACGCUUCUUCGACGUCACAUCGGGCCGUAUCACCAUUGAUGGCCACGACAUCCGAGACGUCACAAUCGGCUCCCUUCGAGAAGCACUCGGAGUCGUUCCACAGGACCCCCUGCUCUUCAACGCAACCAUCAAGGAAAACUUACUGUACGCGCGGCCUACCGCAACCAACGAAGAGAUCUUCGAGGCCUGUCGCGCUGCUUCCAUCCAUGACAGGAUUCUCACGUUUGCGGAGGGCUACGAGAGCCGCGUCGGCGAGCAAGGCGUCAAAUUGUCAGGCGGUGAGAUUCAGCGUCUGGCGAUUGCGAGGGUGUUCCUGAAAGACCCACCGAUUCUCAUCUUGGACGAGGCGACGAGCGCAGUUGAUACAGUGACAGAGGCCAGCAUUCAGGAGGCUUUGAAUAAGUUGAGAAAUGGGAGGACAGCUUUGAUCAUUGCGCAUAGGCUUUCUACAGUCGUGCACGCAGAUAAGAUCAUUGUCCUUCAUGAUGGCGAAGUCGCGGAAGGCGGGACGCAUCAAGAACUACUUGCGCAGGGAGGAAGAUACAACGAUCUAUGGAUGAGACAGGUCGGAGAUGUUAGAUGA